AUGAGAGCUCUUUACUCUGCCGCUGGCCAGCUCCAGCGAGCUCCGAUCGCAAGCUUCGUUCGGCUUGCUCGCCACCGAGGAUGCCAGAGUGUUUGGAGAAGAGCACCGUCGCGAUGGCUCGCAACUUUCACCCAGGAGUCUGAGUCGAAAAAUUCAACAUCGCUGUCUUUGCCUUCCACGUCGCGAUACAACGAAGUUGGUGUACAGCAACUCAGCGAAUACAUCUUCCCUCAGAUAUUCCCAAACGGCUCCAACCCUCCGCCCGAAGACCUAGUCAGAUUGUCCGUGGAUCAUUUGAAGCGCCAUGAGCUCUAUGGCAAGAAUACAGAUGCUUCCGGCCCCAUUGCCUUCGACCUGCCCAAACUUCACGGUGACACCCUUGACGAACACUUCUAUAAGCUUGGAAUCGAUUGCGCUGGUUCGCAUUUGCAGUACGCCAAGCAAUUCGCUUGCGCAAAUGUCCCCCUGAGGCCGAAAAGAUGGAUGCGACAAAGCGGGUGGACAAAAUACUAUCCUGAUGGCCGGACAGAGUCAGUAGAGGCGCCUAAUGAAGAGAUGCUGUCCUUUGACACAGAGGUCAUGUGGAAAGAAAGUCCGUAUGCAGUAAUGGCUUGCGCAGUCAGUCCUACGGCCUGGUAUUCUUGGUUAUCUCCCUGGCUGUUGGGCGAGUCGACCGAGGACAAGCACUUGAUACCAUUGGGGGAUCCGACCACCGAUCGCAUCGUUGUUGGGCACAAUGUUGGCUAUGACAGGGCAAGAAUAUUGGAAGAAUACAAUUUGAAGCAGACCAGGACCGGAUUUCUCGAUACCAUGUCCUUGCAUGUUGCCGUCAAUGGCAUGUGCUCACAACAACGCCCGACCUGGAUGAAAGCAAAGAAGAAUCGAGAAACUAGAGAGAGGAUAGCGAGCAAAACUGUUGAUCACGGCAUGGUUGAGCUUUUGAGCAACUCAAGUGUGCACGAAGAAGAGGAGUUGUGGGUAGAGAAGAGCUCAAUCAACUCUCUUCGAGAUGUGGCCAAGUUUCAUCUUAAUGUCACCAUUGAUAAAAAAAUACGGGAUGAUUUUGGCGAGCUGGACCGCGACGGUGUGCUGGAGAAAUUGGACCAACUUCUCGAAUACUGCGCUGCGGAUGUAUCGGUUACUCACAGGGUGUAUCAAGCUAUCCUCCCCAACUUCUUGGAAGUUUGCCCGCAUCCAGUUAGCUUUGCAGCUCUACGGCACCUGUCUUCUGUCAUUCUACCGGUAAAUGAUACCUGGGAUUCAUACAUUGCCAAUGCGGAAGCCACAUACCAGAAAUUGUCUGCGUCGGUUCAUGAGAGAUUAGUGGCAUUGGCAGAGAAGGCUUUGGAAAUAAAAGAUUACCCUGAGAUCUGGCAAAACGACCCCUGGAUGAACCAGCUAGAUUGGUCCGGCCAAGAGAUCAGAAUGGUCAAGGGAAAACGAAAAGCUGAUCCGCCGAGGCCAGCUGCAAGGCAAAAGAAGCCGGGCAUGCCGAAAUGGUACAAAGAUCUCUUUGCCACAAACGACGCCCCUAUUAACCUAUCAAUACGGACUCGCAUUGCGCCUUUAUUAUUGAAGCUGGCUUGGGAUGGGCAUCCGUUAUUCUGGUCUCACCAGUAUGGCUGGGUAUUUCGAGUUGAUCCGGAUGCCGUGUCCACUUACACUGCGAAGCUCAUGUCAGAAUGCCUCUUUGAUGACUCUGACCCGGAUUUGCGCGACGAUUACAAACACUCUUACUUUAAGCUUCCACACAAAGAUGGCCCUACUGCUCGCUGCGCCAAUCCCAUGGCGAAAGGGUACCUGAAUUACUUUGAAAAUGGCACCCUUUCGUCAGAGUAUGAAUAUGCCAAGGAAGCGCUGGAAAUGAAUGCAUCAUGCUCAUACUGGAUGAGUGCGCGUGAUAGGAUUAUGUCGCAAAUGGUUGUCUAUGAGAAGGAUUUACCCGAGACUGCAGAGGGGAUGGUGGCCAAGAAGGAUGGAGAGAACACCCAGGGCUUUAUUUUACCUCAAAUUGUCCCCAUGGGUACCAUUACCCGGCGAGCGGUCGAGAAUACUUGGCUGACAGCAAGCAAUGCCAAGAAGAACCGUGUUGGGUCUGAGUUGAAAUCCAUGGUCAAGGCUCCCGCUGGCUACUGCUUUGUCGGUGCCGAUGUCGACUCAGAAGAGCUUUGGAUUGCAAGUCUAGUAGGCGAUGCGACUUUCAAAAUCCACGGCGGGAAUGCCAUUGGUUUCAUGACUCUCGAGGGUACCAAGGCCGCAGGCACGGACUUACAUUCACGGACAGCGUCGAUUUUGGGCAUCUCUAGAAACCAAGCUAAAAUCUUCAACUACGGACGCAUCUAUGGAGCUGGGCUCAAGUUUGCAGCUACUCUCCUACGACAGUUCAACCCCAAGCUAUCUGAGGCUGAGACCACGGAGAUUGCACAGAGGCUGUAUGCCAAUACCAAAGGCAUCAAGACCAAUCGAAAGACGAUAAACAAGCGCCUGUUCUGGAGAGGAGGGACGGAGUCUUUUGUAUUCAAUAAAUUGGAAGAAUUCGCUGAACAGGAUUGGGCCAGGACGCCGGUGCUGGGAGCGGGAAUCACACAGGCGCUUAUGAGCCGCUUUGUGAGUAAAGGCGGUUACUUGCCUUCUCGCAUCAACUGGGCUAUUCAGUCAUCGGGUGUCGACUAUCUCCACUUACUAAUUGUCUCCAUGGAUUACUUGAUCCGUCGAUUCAAUCUCGACGCUCGGCUGGCCAUUUCAGUUCAUGACGAGGUUCGAUACCUGGUGAAGAGUGAAGAUAAGUACAAGGCAGCGCUUGCACUCCAAGUAGCAAACAUCUGGACUCGAGCCAUGUUUGCACAGCAAGUAGGGAUCAACGACCUCCCUCAAUCUUGUGCAUUCUUCUCUGCCAUUGAUAUCGAUCACGUUCUCCGCAAAGAAGUCGACAUGGACUGCAUUACGCCAAGUCAUCCCGAUGCCAUCCCUCCUGGCGAAAGUCUAGAUAUUCAGACUCUUUUGGAUAUGGGGCCCGAGGCACAGCUUGAUUCGUCCGUCGUUCCAGAUGCUCGAUUUGCCCCCAAACUGGAUGAUAUCUCCUACACGCCGCGCACGCCUGUUAUGCAGAAACUUCAAGAGUCAUCGGGAAGCAGCUCUCAGUUUAUUAGAGCCCAGAUUGCGAGCGAUGAAAUGGAGCUGCAAGAUAUUAUUAAAGAGAUUCGCGGCGUCACACCGUCGAAACCACGAGCUACACCAAAACCGCGGGCAGUAUCGUCGAAGGGCGUGCUUCCGUUCAACAACAAGAAUGCCCCCAAGGGGCUUAACGCGCCAUCAUCAUUUCCCUCGGAACGUGAUGUCGUCAAAUUGCAUUCACCAUUACGACCUUCUGAGAUGUUGGGCUUUCAAUACCAAGGCGAGAGCCAGUACUCUAAGAGUAAAAUGGCCUGGGUUAAGCCUUAG